GCGGGCGAGCUGGCGGCGGCGGCCCGCAGCUGGGGCCGGCCGGAGGCGGAGCUGGAGGAGCUCCUGAUGGACCUGGGCACAUGGGAGUGCCACGCCGGCACGGCGCUGGCGGCAGCGGGGCAGCAGCGGCAGCAGGGUGCUCCGAAUGGCGCAGCCGCCUCCACCGCUGGUGUGGGCAUGCAACAUCAGCCGCAGGACGAGGCACAGGAGGACAAGAGCGGCGGCGAUGUCCGCGUCGCUGCCGCCUCGCUGCUGCCGCUGGGUAGCCACCUGCUCCAAUACACGCGCCUGUGCGGCUGGCGGCUGACGGCGGCACACAUGCGGCACACGCUGGCGCAGCUGACAGCUCUGGCGCACGCACAACAGCAGGGACAGAGCGCGGGUGCGACCUGUCUCCGUGGUGCUGACGCCGGCGCUGCAGCUGUGCCUGGGCGCGUUGAUGCAGCUGCGAACGAGGGUGGGAACAACGGUGCAGCCGCCGCGGGUGAAGUAACUGGAAGCUUAAAGCCACAUGUGGAGAAGGGAGCCGCAGCGGCGGCGUUAUGGCGUGGACCCUCAAGCCCGCGGAUAGCCUUCGCCACGCGCCGGCCCCGCCCGACGACCUCUACACCUGAGAGGCAUGCAGUGUUGGCGGUGGGAGCGACCGAGGCGCAGCAAGAGCCGCACGGCACGUCAAGCGACCCCACGCAGCCUGCUCACCCAGUCCUGUUGCGCCGGAAGCGUGGCGUCCCGCAGGCAGCUCCCAUGCAGAAGGCAAGUGCAGUUGAUUCCGACAGCGGCAAGGGCAAGGCAACAGGCGGCGUGCAGCCUUCUCAGCCUGAGGCAAAGGCCGCCGCGUGCAUCCCUGCGCCUGGUGGGCCGGUGUGGCAGCCUCUACAGCCAACGCAGCCGCACUGGCUGGAAGCUAUUCUGGUGGAGUUUUGGCUUCGCCGGAUCCCCGCAGGAGAGGAUGAUGCCUUCGCUAGGUGGUCGCUGCCGUGGGUGGUGGCCCAGGCGCAAGUCCUGCACUGGAUGGAGGCGUCCUCGCUGGCCGCGCUGCUGCUGCGCGCCGCCCUGGACGGCCAGGCGUUGUACCGGAGCAACAUCAGCACCAUCAUCGCAUGCAUGCCCGCCACCGCCGUCCUGUGCGCGCGCAGCUUCAUGCCGCCCGACAGCUGGGCGCGCCUGGUGUCGGCGUUCCGCGUACCGCGCUUCGGCAUCUACAGCGCCACCAAGGCAUUGCUGGCAUUUGGCCUGAUAUCUGCGCCGCCCGGCAUCUGCGGCUUUGCGUCCGGCUCGGCGCAGCUGCUGAUGGAGGGUGUGCUGCUGGGCGCUUGCUCCAUGCUUCCGCCGGUCAGCACUGCCACACUAUUGCUCAUGCUCCAGCUCCUACACUUCCGGAUGAUGCGGGUGCUGGAGGCGGAUGACCGGCCCCAUGCGGUGUUUGGCGAGGCCGCGGCGAGGCCGACUUCCUGGGGCGGCCUGCCCGCCAUGUGUGGCGCCGAGGUGGGCAGCUGGCGGUGCACCGCGCUGCAGCCGCUGCUGACGUUCAGUGUGGGGCUGCUGACAGCGGCUGUGUGCCGUGUGAGCCUACGCCUGCGCUUUUGGCAGCAGCGCGGCGGCGUGACUGCGGCGGCUGUAAGUCCGCUGGGGGCCUGAGGACCUGCGGCUGGCGGUGCGUGUGGCUGGGGGUGUCUGUGCUGUCACAUAUACGGUAAAGACCCGACGUUGCCCGGCACUUUAGCGUUGCAUAACAAUGGACUGUUGCAUUAACGCAUGCACGUGCAUCUCGGCUCCUGAUUACCAUGUUACGGUACCGUACGCAGCCAACCUGCUGCAUGAGGAAGUUCUGAACCGAAGUCCUGAACCUUGACGGUGAUGGCGGACACGAAGUCGGUGCUUGCCACGCUGAAUACCUGCGCUGUUCGAAUGAAGCACCGCUGAGGCUCGUUGUAUGUUGUGCCGGUGAGCGGCCAAGUUUUGAAGAUGAGGUAGUGACGGGCGGAAGGGCUUGUCUGCUGAAUUACGGUAGUGACGGUACCGCAGGUGGAGCGGGCACACGCAAGCGCAAGUGCGCAAGCUUAAUGCCUGGACCCUGCGUGGCCCUGUCAGGCGAGCUGCCUGAAUGCCUUAUUGCCUUGUAAUUGCGUUGGAAU